UUUCCUUUUAGGAUUCUACUUGUAAACUCCUUAUAUAAACCCCAACAUAACCUUUUCUUCCAUUUAUUCAUAAUAUCGAUUCUUCUUUUUCUCCAUCGUCAUGACUUGCAUGAAAGUUGGAGGAAACACUUUGCCUGUUACUCUGGACGAACAAGGCCAAGUCAGGUACGAUUCGAUUGCCAGACAAGCCGAAAACGCUAAGAAAAUUGUAUAUUGUCACUACAAUGAUCUUGUUCCCAAGUUUGUUAAGGAUCAUGACGAAGACUUGGAAUUCGAUGUGGUACAAGAGAAGAAGAAACUAAUUGAGGAGACUACUCGGGAGACCAAGGCUAUCCUUCUUCAGAAGAUUGGUACACAACAAUCUUGGGACUCUAUGGAGCCACCUAAGUUCAUUAAGUACAACCCUUGUAAGCAGCAGGGUUCAAGACUUAUUAAGAUGGUUGAGAAGGCGGUGGACCCUAUGGAGCCACCCAAGUUCAAGCACAAGAAGGUACCUAGGGCAUCUGGUUCACCGCCAGUCCCCGUUAUGCAUUCUCCUCCUCGUCCUCUUACAGUGAAGGAUCAACUGGAUUGGAAGAUUCCGCCUUGUAUAUCGAACUGGAAGAACCCUAAAGGCUACACAAUCCCACUUGAUAAGCGUCUUGCUGCUGAUGGGAGCAGAGGAAUUGAGGAGGUUAAGAUCAAUGAUAAUUUCCCAAAACUUGCUGAGGCUCUGUAUGUUGCAACUGAGAAAGCUACGGAAGCAAUUGCAAUGCGGUCGAAGGUUCUCAGAGAGAUUAUUCUCAAAGAGAAGGAAAAGAAAGAGAUGGAGCUUCAGGAGUUGGCACGCAAGGCAAGAGCUGAGAUAGCUGCAGGUCUUAAGAAUGAUGUGGAUGAUUAUGAGGGUCGAUUACGGAGAGAGAAGAUGAGCAAGGAGCGACGUCAGGAGAGGAGAUUGAUGGAGGCAAAAGAGGGUGCAGCAAUGAAGAGGAGAAAGAUCAAAACCAGAGAUGGAGACCGUGAUAUCAGCGAAAAGGUGGCUCUUGGGAUGGCUUCUACAUCAAGAGGUUGUGGAGAGACCAUGAUGUAUGACCAGAGAUUGUUCAACCAGGAUAAAGGGAUGGAUUCUGGAUUUGCUGAUGAUGAUGCCUACAACCUGUAUGACAAAGCCCUAUUUACUGCUAAAUCUACUCUGUACAGACCAAAAAAAGACGUUGAUUCUGAUACGUACGGAGAGCAGCAACAGGAGAAGAUCACUCACUCUAGGCCUGACAAUGCAUUUGCUGGAACUUCUGAGAGAACUGGUCCUAGAGAUAGACCUGUGGAAUUUGAGGCUGAUCCAUUUGGUUUGGACCAGUUUUGGACAGGUGUGAAGAACAAUAUGGCAAAUGAUGGUAAUUGAGGCACCAUGAAAGCAGUGACGCGAGAUGGCUAUGAAACAACAUCUAGAAGAACUUGUA